AUGCAGAUGCUCACCAAGUUCGAGUCCAAGUCCAACCGGGUCAAGGGGAUAGCCUUCCAUCCCAAGUUGACUCUCCUGGCUGCUUCCCUCCACUCGGGUAGCAUCCAGAUGUGGAACUUUCAGAUGGGCACUCUCGUCGAAAGAUUCGAUGAACACGAUGGGCCCGUUCGUGGAAUCGCUUUCCAUCCCAGUCAACCACUAUUCGUCUCGGGUGGUGAUGACUACAAGAUCAAGGUUUGGAAUUAUAAACAACGACGAUGUCUAUUCACUCUGCACGGCCAUCUAGACUACGUCCGAUCAGUAUCUUUUCAUCGCGAACACCCCUGGAUUCUUUCUGCUUCGGAUGACCAGACGAUCAGGAUCUGGAACUGGCAAUCGCGACAAUGUAUUGCGAUUCUUACCGGUCACAACCACUACAUCAUGUAUGCCGAGUUUCAUCCAAAGGAUGACUACAUCGUAUCAUGUUCCAUGGAUCAAACUGUUCGGGUGUGGGAUAUAACCGGACUUCGAAAGAAAACUACCACAGCUCAGCCAAUGUCAUUCGAAGACCAAGUUCAGCGGGCUAAUUCUGGACAAGCCGAUCUCUUUGGUAAUACCGAUGCAGUCGUCAAAUAUGUUCUCGAGGGACAUGAUCGGGGUGUCAACUGGGCAACCUUUCACCCUACCCUGCCCCUUAUUGUCUCUUGUGGUGACGACCGACAAGUCAAACUGUGGAGAAUGAGUGAGACGAAAGCAUGGGAGGUGGACACUUGCCGCGGGCAUUUCAACAACAUUUCUGCCGUCUUGUUUCAUCCAAAACAUGAAUUAAUCAUUUCCGACUCGGAGGAUAAGACCAUUCGUGUGUGGGACAUGAGUAAAAGAACAGCGGUUCAAACCUUCAGACGAGAGAAUGAUCGGUUCUGGGUGUUGACAGCCCACCCCGAGCUCAAUCUCUUUGCUGCUGGUCACGAUACCGGUUUGAUCGUGUUCAAGCUCGACCGUGAACGACCGGCGUUUAGCUUACAUGGCAAUACUUUAUUCUACAUUCGCGAUAAGUAUGUUCGGGUCCACGAUCUGUCGACAGGCUCGGACGUCAGCGUGAUUAGCGUCAAGAAACUGGGAAGUCAAUAUGUCCAGCCGCGUACGCUUAGUUACAACCCAGCUGAACGAGCAGUAUUGGUCACUUCGCCUGCCGAAAACGGAAUGUAUGAAUUAGUCAACUUGCCCAAAGACAUGAAUGCGGGUGAAGUGCGUGAUUCAUCCUCCGAAGGCAAACGCGGAAAUGGACAAGCUGCCUUGUUUGUGGCUCGUAACCGGUUUGCCGUCCUGGACAAAACCUCUCAAACGAUCGAAAUCAGAGAUCUUUCGAACUCGAUUACGAAAUCAAUCAAAUGUCCUAGUCCGACCAAUGAUAUCUUCUACGGCGGAACCGCUAGUCUCCUCCUCAGCACCAAUACUUCCGUCAUACUCUUCGACAUCCAACAGCAGAAAGUCGUCUCAGAAAUCACCACACCACCGGUUAAAUAUGUUGUAUGGAGCAAUGACGGUUCCAUGGUCGCUUUGCUGAGUAAACAUACUAUCAUCAUCGCCAAUAAGGCCUUGGGACAACACAGCUUGAUUCACGAAACCAUCCGAAUCAAGUCUGGUGCCUGGGACGACUGCGGGAUUUUGGUAUAUUCCACACUGAACCAUAUCAAAUACGCGCUACCUCAGGGGGACAACGGUAUCAUUAAGACGCUCGAUCAACCGGUUUAUUUGACACGAGUUAAGGGGAAGAUGGUACAUUGCUUGGACCGAAACGCUAAACCCAAAGGGAUUCCAAUCGAUCCCACUGAGUAUAGAUUCAAGCUAGCCUUGACACGUAACAACUAUGAUGAGGUCUUGCACAUCAUCCGAACAUCAAACUUGGUCGGGCAAAGUAUAAUCGCUUACUUGCAAAAGAAAGGAUUCCCGGAAAUUGCUCUCCACUUUGUUCAAGACAAAACCACUAGAUUCGAUUUGGCUAUCGAAUGUGGAAAUCUCGAAGUCGCGUUGGAAACCGCCAAAGCCAUCGACCGACCCGCUUCUUGGAAUCGAUUGGGCCAACAAGCCUUAAAGCAAGGCAACCAAAAAAUCGUUGAAACCUGUUAUCAACGAACCAAAAAUUUCGACCGCCUCUCGUUUCUUUACCUCUUGACGGGGAAUACCGAAAAAUUGAAUAAAAUGGCCAAGAUUGCCGAAAUGAGAGCCGAUCAUAUGUCAAGGUUUCACAACGCUUUGUACCUUGGAAACGUCAAGACACGAAUCUCAGUGCUAAAGGAUGUUGGUCUGUAUCCCUUGGCGUACUUGACUGCCAAAUCAAACGGAUUGGACGAUGAAGCUAACGAAGUCUUGGAAGUGGCUGGAUUGACUGAAGAGGAGCUUCCCCCAUUGCCACCGCUCAAGAGCAGCCGUCUCACACCACCUGGAAUCGUGACGGCGAGCCAUGAUUUCAACUGGCCAUGCGUGGGCACUAGUGAAAGCUUCUUUGACCGUGCUCUUACUCAAGCUUCCGGAAUGGAUGCCAACGCCAACCCGAUCGAUUCGCUUGGAGGUGCCGGUCGUGGCGAUCCAUUGGAUGAAUGGGCAGCUGAUGACGGGGAUGGGAUGGAUGUCGAAGGAGAUGCAGGCGAGGAGGCGGAAGAAGCUUGGGACAUUGGCGGUUCUGAAAUCCCUGGGGGAGCGCUUGAUGCUGAAGCGGGAGAAUCGGAAACCAUGGGUGUCGAAGAAGAUGGGGCUGAUGGAGAAGUUAAGGAAGGUGUCCAGGAAAGUGAGCUGUGGGUCAAGAAUUCACCGCUGGCCGCAGAUCAUGUGGCCGCUGGAUCGUUUGAAACUGCUAUGCAGCUACUCAAUCGACAAGUGGGAGCAAUUGAGUUUGCACCUCUUAAACCAUUGUUUCUGUCGACCUACCAAGCUUCGAGAGCUUACCUCCCAGCAAGUGCAUGUCUGCCACCAUUGGAAGUAUACUUGCGUCGAGAUCCCGAAGAUGUCAACCCACGAAACGUUCUUCCGGCCAUUGCACGCAGUUUGCAAUCUAUCACUCAGACCGAGCUCAAAGCUGCCUACGCCCAUUUCCGAAAAGCUGAAUUUAACGAGGCUUCGGCCAAAUUCAGAUCAAUCUUGCAAUCUCUCUUGCUGGUCGUUACGAAAGAUGAAGCUGAGCAAAACGAGUUAUCGGAACUGAUAAUCACCUGUCGAGAAUAUCUGAUUGGACUCUCACUCGAGAUUGAGCGUCGACGAGUGGCCAGUUCCGAGCCUGAAAAUCUUAAACGACAGCUCGAAUUGGCCGCCUACUUUACGCAUUGCAAAUUGCAAUCAGUUCAUUUAGUUCUUGCUCUCAGAUUGGCUAUGACCACCUUCUCGAAAUCUAAAAACUUCGUCACUGCGGCCACGUUUGCUAAACGGUUGUUAGAAUUAAACCCAGCUGCUAAUGUUGCUACUCAGGCCAAGCAAGUACUUUCGGCAGGAGAUCGUACGCCCAGGGAUGCGAUCGAGAUUGAUUACGACCAAUUCUCGUCGUUCGAUAUCUGUGCUGGAUCGCUUACGCCGAUCUAUCGACAACAGGAAGGAAGCACUGGCGGAGCUGGCUUCGUCGAGGACCCGUUCACCGGGGCUAGAUAUAAGCCCAAGUUUGCCGGCUCGGUUUGUAAGGUCUCUGGCGUCACCCAGGUCGGUAAGAAGGCCGCUGGGUUAAGAUCUAGGGUUUGA